CAAUAGAAAAAAAAAUCCCAAGUAUAAACAGCACCGAGGACAUGGUGUGAGGUGACAACUACAUGAUAAAAAUAUAUCACGUCUGUUUACGUCACAGAAAAUCGAAACCAAUAUCUCGUCACGAAACAAUACAAUACCCCUGGUACAUUGCCGUAUGAUACGGAAGUGCAAAAUUAUUUUGAGGUUAGGUACGUCUGUGCGACUGUGCCAUUGUAAACGUAACAUGUUAACGAGGAUGUGAUAAGGCAAAUUUUUUUUUUGCUCUUCCAUCAGCCAUCGCACACAAUUUACUUGUGAUUAAACAAUAUUUUUCAUGAUUUGCUAGAACCCUCCCAGGUGCCGUCAUCCAGUGAAUUGUGAUGCAUUGUCAUCACCCAACAAUUCCAGAAUCCAACAUACUCCAACAACUCUCCAUGAACAUUUGAUCCCCAAGACUUCCGAAGGACAACCAGCGCAAUCAUGGAGACGAUAAUGCGGGACAGGAUAAUGGGAUUUGCCAAUGUGGUGAUGAGAGUGCCCCCCCUGUUCAUCAUCGAUGAACUUCUGAGGCUCAGUCUAGGGGUGCCCGAGGAGAACAUAAUCCUACUAUCUAACGAAACAAUAAUAGAUAAUCUGAAAGUCAACAGUGUGCAGAAUACAAUUGUCGGUUCCUUGGUCUCAUCGGAGCCGUUUUUUAUGAAACAAUUUAAUAUUGAUGACUACCUCUAUCAGACGAAUGUUAUCACACCCAUAAAAUUCCUCGCUUGUUGCUUGGGUAUCCUCGCAUCAUUGUACAUAUUCAUGCUGUGGACGAAGCAUCUGAUAGUUGUCUACCUGUACCUGAUAUCAGUUGGCACGAUAUUUUUGUCCUACUGGUCCAAUGUCAGCACGAUGAAAGCCGUUAUUGCCUACGCAAAUUCAUUUGAUACAUCGACGAGUAUAUUGGACGAUAUACUGUGUCUGAAUAUCAGUCAACAUAUGCGUUAUGGUCCGGGAUUGAUUGUUAUCCAGAAUUACCUGCUGCAGAGUCUAUUGGCGUGUAUAUUUUGCUACAUUCAUCUGGCCCCACGUCAUCCGAUACUCCAGAAAUUACUAGUUGCCAGUUUUUUGGCGCCUUCUGUGCUGGCUAUCACUCCGUUACCAACAAACGUCCUCCACCACGCGCCGGUGUUCAGCGCGCUCCUCCCCCUAGCAGUCUCCAAAUUCAUCCUCUGGUACAACAGCUUCUCCAUGCUGAAGAUAAUGCACGCGGGCUACAAGAACGCCCGCACCUUCAUAAGCAACUACGGUCUCUCCGCCCUCGCCGAGAUAGAGUGGAUCCGGCUGAACGUUCCGAACGUCCUCCGCACCUUCUGGAUGCUGCGCGUCAGCGAGCAGAUAAUCCAGAUCCUGGGUAACCACUACGGCGACGAGACCCUGACCCUCUGCACGAUGAUCAAGACCCUCUUGGUGAACGGCUGCGAGACCCUGACAGCAGUCCUCGGCAUGACCAGCAUCAUCUCCUACAUCUGCCACCACAUUGGCUGCUUCUUCCAGUGGGUCCUCCUCACCGAGGACAACGACGAGAAGAGCAUCGGCACAGUAUCCGCCAUUCUGUUCUACAUCCUAGCCCUCCAGACUGGUCUCACCAGUCUCGAUCGCGACAAACGUUUCGUCAAGCUCUGCCGCAACUUCUGCCUCCUCUUCACAGCUGUUCUCCACUUCGUCCACAACAUAGUCAAUCCCCUCCUGAUGUCCCUCAGUGCCUCCCACAAUCCAGCCCUCCACAGACACCUUCGGGCCCUAGCCGUGUGCGCCUUCCUCAUCAUAUUCCCAGUGUCUCUCCUCGUCUUCCUCUGGUCGCACUUCUCGAUCAGCACUUGGCUGCUGGCUGUCACAGUAUUCAGCAUCGAGGUGAUCGUCAAGGUGCUCGUGUCACUCUCCAUAUACUCUCUAUUCCUGAUUGACGCUUAUCGGAGCACCUUCUGGGAGCAGUUGGACGACUGCGUCUACAUGAUCAAGGCUGUUGGGAAUACAAUUGAAUUCGCUUUUGGAAUUGUUCUGUUCUUCAAUGGAUUUUGGAUCCUCAUUUUUGAGUCAGGUGGAGCUAUACGCGCCAUCAUGAUGGGCAUUCAUGCAUACUUCAAUAUUUGGAAUGAAGCCAAGGCUGGCUGGAGUGUUUUUAUGAAGCGCAGGACUGCUGUCAACAAGAUCAAUUCACUUCCUGAGGCCAGGGUUGAACAGCUCAGGAUGCUUGAUGAUGUCUGCGCCAUUUGCUAUCAGGAGAUGAAGAGUGCCAAGGUCACCAGGUGCAAUCAUUACUUCCAUGGGGUCUGCUUGAGAAAGUGGCUGUAUGUGCAGGAUCGCUGUCCACUGUGUCAUGAUAUUCUUUAUAAGGUGGAGAGCCCGCAGGAGGGGAAGAGUCCGCCUGUCGUUGUCGCACAGAAUGAGGAAGUGGGCCAUGAUCAGCCUGAUAAUGCUCAGGGGGGUGGGGAGGAGGGGGGGGGGGGCGGGGGGGAGGAGACGCAGGUGCCUCGGACACUUGACUCGAGGAUUUCCACUGUCUGA